GGCAAGCAGCAGUCCUGUGGGGUGGUGGGCACAGCUGAAGCUGCUCAGGGAAGGGGUUUGAAGGCAGAAGCUGUGGAGCUGGGCAGCCUUGCUUUCCAGCUGGGGGAAGAGGCUGUCUGGGGGCUGCAAUCAGUUGGGCUGAGUUUGCUGCAACUCUCCAGCAGUCCAGAAUCUUACAGAAUCACAGAACCAUUAGGCUUCCUUAUUGUGCUGAUAUGCCUUAUCUUCAGUGUGCUUUCUACAAUUGAACAGUACGCAGCUCUCGCUACAGGGACGUUAUUUUGGAUGGAAAUUGUAUUAGUGGUAUUCUUCGGAACAGAAUACGUGGUUCGGUUAUGGUCAGCAGGAUGCCGCAGUAAAUAUGUUGGAAUAUGGGGAAGGCUUCGUUUCGCUAGGAAGCCUAUUUCAAUCAUCGAUUUAAUUGUAGUUGUUGCUUCCAUGAUAGUUCUUUGUGUGGGCUCUAAAGGUCAAGUCUUCGCAACCUCCGCUAUCAGGGGCAUCCGCUUUCUGCAGAUUUUGCGAAUGCUGCAUGUUGACCGUCAGGGUGGUACAUGGAGGCUGCUGGGAUCAGUAGUGUUCAUACACAGACAAGAACUGAUAACUACACUCUACAUCGGAUUUCUGGGCCUGAUUUUUUCUUCUUAUUUUGUAUACCUGGCUGAAAAAGAUGCUGUAAAUGAUUCUGGAGAAACAGAGUUUGGCAGCUAUGCAGAUGCUCUGUGGUGGGGAGUAGUGACUGUUACAACUAUUGGCUACGGGGAUAAAGUGCCUCAGACUUGGAUAGGAAAGACCAUUGCAUCUUGUUUUUCAGUAUUUGCGAUUUCAUUUUUUGCACUACCUGCGGGAAUUCUCGGUUCAGGCUUUGCCCUAAAGGUACAACAGAAACAAAGACAGAAGCAUUUCAACCGUCAAAUUCCAGCUGCUGCCUCUCUCAUACAGACUGCAUGGCGAUGCUACGCAGCAGAAAACCCAGACUCUUCUACAUGGAAAAUAUAUAUUAGAAAACCUGCCAGAAAUUAUCAUUUGCUGUCACCCAGUCCAAAACCGAAGAAAUCAGUGAUGGUUAAAAAGAAGAAAUUCAAAUUAGACAAAGACAAUGGGCCUUCUUCUCCAGAUAGGAUGUUAACUGUUCCACACAUAACUUACGACCACGUGACGGAGGACAGGAAACCUGAUUUCAGUUUUGAAGCAUAUGAAAAUUCUGUGAAAAAAAGCCCGACCUUUUUAGAUGUGAACACAGGACCCUUCAUCAGGACCAGCAGUUUUGCCGAUGAGAUUGACCUGGAGGGUGAGACACUGUUGACCCCAAUAACUCACAUCUCACAGUAA